CAUCUGCUCCGGCCCUCACACACUCCCACACCACACAUGCACACACCACAUCACAUUCAGCUCAACUUUCCUCCAUACCGUACACUCUUCCCCUGCCCCACCAUAACCUCUGCACAUGCCCCCCCGGCCCACCAACCACACGUCUCUUUCUCCGCUCCCUCCUUCUGCCGGCCUCUUACAGCGCUUUAAACCUCAGAGAACAUCAGUCAUGGACGUCGGCGCUCUCCACAUGGACCUCGGAAACCUUGACUCCCUUCGGCCACAUCAAAGCCAGCAGGGAGAGGCGGAGGGCUGCUGGUAGCUGCUGUAACGUCAGGAGUUUUGGGCAGUUUAGCUCAAGGACGGCAGCGUGGGUAAAUAAUUGGUCUGGGGAGGUCUUUGUGCCGCUCAGAUUUGCCCUGAGUGCAGCUUUUGUGCUCCACAGUGAAGAAGAUGGUUUAGAGACGUGGCCUCUGCUCCUUUUUUUUUUUGCUUGGAGAAUGUAGUUUCUGGUCUUUAUAGACACAUUUUGACUUUUAAAAUAAAAACUGCUCAGAGUCAAGAAAACCAAAGCGGAUUCUGGGAUUGUUUACUGACCGGAACAGAAGAUGUACUGGGAGCUGUGGCUGAGCCAAGUCACAGCUAGCGCUGCGUUGCAGUGCAUGCUGGUCCAGAACAAAGAAGCUCUGACAGAGGCGGUGCGCUGGAGCUCCAAGGAGAACCUACUGGGGGCGGCCGAGAGCGACCCGAACCUCUUCGUUGCACUUUAUGACUUUGUGGCGAGUGGAGACAACACACUCAGCAUCACCAAAGGUGAGAAGCUGCGUGUGCUGGGCUACAACCAGAAUGGAGAGUGGAGUGAGGUGCGCUCCAAGAACGGCCAGGGCUGGGUGCCUUCCAACUACAUCACGCCGGUCAACAGUCUGGAGAAGCACAGCUGGUACCACGGGCCCGUUUCCCGCAGCGCUGCAGAGUACCUGCUGUCGUCGCUCAUCAACGGCAGCUUCCUGGUCCGGGAAAGCGAAAGCAGCCCCGGUCAGCUGUCCAUAUCCCUGCGCUAUGAGGGCAGAGUGUACCACUACCGGAUCAACACAGCCACUGAUGGAAAGGUGUAUGUGACGUCUGAGAGCCGCUUCGCCACGCUGGCCGAGCUGGUCCACCACCACUCCACCGUAGCCGACGGCCUGGUCACCACGCUGCACUACCCCGCACCCAAAUGCAACAAGCCCACGGUGUACGGCGUGUCGCCCAUCCACGACAAGUGGGAGAUGGAGCGCACGGACAUCACCAUGAAGCACAAGCUGGGGGGAGGCCAGUAUGGGGAGGUGUACGUUGGAGUGUGGAAGAAGUACAACCUGACGGUGGCGGUCAAAACGCUCAAGGAAGACACCAUGGAAGUUGAAGAGUUCCUGAAAGAGGCAGCAGUAAUGAAAGAGGUUAAACAUCCAAACCUCGUUCAGCUACUCGGUGUGUGCACGUUGGAGCCUCCGUUCUACAUCGUGACGGAGUACAUGCCUCACGGCAACCUACUGGACUACUUGAGGGAGUGUGACAAGGAGGAGGUGAAUGCUGUGGUGCUGCUCUACAUGGCCACUCAGAUCUCCUCUGCCAUGGAGUAUCUGGAGAAGAAGAACUUCAUACACAGGGAUCUCGCAGCGAGGAACUGCCUGGUCGGGGAGAAUCACGUGGUGAAGGUUGCAGACUUCGGUCUGAGCCGGCUGAUGACUGGUGACACCUACACUGCCCACGCUGGAGCCAAGUUCCCCAUCAAAUGGACGGCACCGGAGAGCCUGGCGUACAACACCUUCUCCAUCAAGUCUGAUGUCUGGGCUUUCGGGGUGCUGCUGUGGGAAAUCGCCACCUACGGCAUGUCUCCGUACCCCGGCAUCGAUUUGUCUCAGGUCUACGAUCUCCUGGAGAAGGGCUAUCGCAUGGAGCAGCCUGAGGGAUGCCCACCCAAAGUUUAUGAGCUCAUGAGGGCAUGCUGGCAGUGGAGCCCAUUAGAUCGGCCUUCGUUUGCAGAGAUCCACCAAGCCUUUGAAACCAUGUUCCACGACUCCAGCAUUUCUGAAGAGGUGGCGGAGGAGCUCUGUAAAACGGCUUCUUCGGGUCACUGCGGACCGCUGCACUCCUUCAGCCACGACACGCCCCUGUUGCCUUCCAAAUCCCGCAUCCUGCACAAGCACACGGAGAACAAGGAGAACAUCGAGGGCGGACUGGACGGCCGCUCCGACCACAGCGCCCACAGUCACUCAGGCUGGGCUUCCACGUUGCUCGGAGGCGACGGCCGGUCCAGCAGCUCUCCGGCUCUCCCCAGGAAGCAGCAGCCGCGAGAUAAAUCCCCCAGCAGCCUCCUGGAGGACGCACAGGACAUGGGCACAUUCACACGAGACCGCAAGACGGGCUUCUUCAGCUCCUUCAUCAAGAAGAAAUCGUCCUCCUCUUCCUCCUCGUCGCCAUCCUCUCAGCUCCAGCAGAACCUUCCGACGCCGCCCAAGAGGAGCAGCUCCUUCCGGGAGAUGGAGACCCAGCCCCACAAGAAGUACGAGCCCACGGCCGACUUCAGCGCCCCUCCUCCCCUGCCCCAGUCGGACAGUUUGGGGGGCUUCUCGGCCUCCCCUUCCCACUCCCACGGGGAACCCACCCAGGCACAUUCCCGCUGUUGUGGCGCCGCAUUCGGACAGAAGCCCUCUGGCAUCGGGUCGCAGGUGACGAGUGGCAGCAGCUGGGGGGGUCUGGCGGGUUUUUUCACCCCCAGACUCAUCAAAAAGACUCUGGGGCUACGGACAGGAAAGACGGCCUCUUCAGAGGACGGUGGGAGUCUAGUCGGAGGACCUAAACCCUUCCCGAGGUCUAAUUCUACCUCCUCCAUGUCCGCUGGGCUGCCGGACCUGGAGCGCAUGGCUCUGACUUUACCCCGGAACCGCAGCGCGAAGCCCCCCCUGGAGAGGACCGCCUCCACCACCUCCCAGCCGGAGAACGGGGCCGCCCGGCACUCCGAGAGCCUGCUGAGGAGGAUGGACGAGGGCACCGCACAGAUCAGGGAAAGGCCCAAAGCCAAGCUGCUGCCCCGGGGGGCCGCCGUGGGGGUGAGGGCGCCGGGGGUCGGGGGAGAAGUGGGGGAGGGCAGGGAGGAGGGCGGAGGGCUGGAGCGGCAGCAGAGCUGGUCGUCUCCCUCCAAGACCUCCGGCGUGUCGUCGGCCGGAGCACCGACCCACAACCACAAAGUCCCGGUCCUGAUCUCACCCACACUGAAGCACAGCCCGGCGGACGUGCACCUGGUCGGCCUGGACUCUCAGGGGAACCGCUUCAAGCUGCUGUCUGAGCACCAGGCGGACCGGGACAGGCCACGGCUGGUCAAACCCAAGUGCGCUCCUCCUCCUCCUCCCACCCUGCGAGGCCUGCAGCACUCCUACAGCGGCGACGGCGAGGAGCAGGUCGGAGGAGGAGGAGGAGGAGGAGGAGGAGCGCCCGUGGAGGUCAACGGAGACACGCUGAAAGGUCACAGGUCGGGCCGGACGUCGGGAGGAGGAGGAGCUUCGACAGGCAGACCAUCAGUGCCGCCACCACAAGUGCCUCCUGCAUCUUCUACCAACACGACUCCCACCAAAAUGGCCAACGGAGCCACCACCCCUGCCUCCUCCUCCUCCUCCUCCUCCAAGGUGGCGCUGCGGCGGACCCGGCAGCAGGUGGAGCGGGUCCCCCUGGACCGGGUGAGCCGGGAGGCCCUGCUGGAGUGUGCCGAGUGCCUGAGCAGCGCCCUCCACGCCAGCUCCGACAGCCCCUCCAGCAGCCAGGUGCUGGACGCCGGCCACCAGCUGCUAGACUACUGCUCAGGUUACGUGGACUGCAUCCCUCAGAUGAGGAACAAAUUCGCCUUUCGAGAGGCGGUGGGGAAGCUGGAGCUCAGCCUGCAGGAGCUGAGGGCCUCCUCUUCUGGGCUGAGCGGGUCCAACACUGUACUGGACAACCUGCACAGCUGUAUUAAAGAGAUUAGUGACGUAGUGCAGAGGUAGCCAUGGCGAACGACACCAAACGUCGCCUCUGGUUACCCAACAGAUCGCUUAUAUUCCGUUUUUUUUUUUUUUUUUUUUUUUUUUUUUUUUACAUUUCUGGUUCUUUCAACAGCUUUUUGGGGGACGACAUGAGAUGAAUCUCUACAGUACCUCAUAGAAAUCACUAUAAGAUAUAAUCUUUCUAUUGUUUACAGAAAUCUGUUUGAUAAGAUGCCAGUGUGGACACUAACUUUGCUCUAAACUGUACAUAUUGAGAAAUGUUAUACCAAACUAAAUGUGGUUUAUGUCACACCAUAAGUCUCCAUCGGGCCGCGAUAAAACGGCCUCUUUGUUAACUGAAUGUCGACUUUUAUCAGCUGUGUGUAGCCAGUGGGAGAGUAGGUCCAGCUCACUCUGCUUAUAUGUCAAGAAUGAUGGUGGUUGUGCCCCUGGCUCACUAAAAAAAACGAAAUGUUUUCACCGACUUUAACUCAAGCAUUGUUUCACAAACAUGUGACUCGUCCACGGGGUGUUUCACAGUGUUUUAGCUCCACAUCUGGGGAACUGAGUGACCAUAAGCCAUUUUUUUAAAGCCAUGUAAUAAUGUCAAGGCUUGGAAACAGUCUAAGGUUUGGAGGUCUCAAUUUGACAUUUUUUAUUUUGUGUGCAGAUGGUAUUUUUUUCUUAUUACUUUUAAUUUAAGACAGUAUUUGUCAGUAGUUGGACAAAUGUGAUAGUUAUAAAUUUCCCCAAAACUGCUUGGGAUGAAAGCCUUUUUUUUUUCUUUUUGAGAAUAAUCAACUGCUUCGACGGUGACAUUCCCAAAUGUCCACCUCAGGUGAGACUGCUGACAAAAGAGCGAAGGGAUCACUUUCAGAGUUUUGACAAGCGUGUAAAUAAGCUCGAACGAAACGCCGCGUUUCAGUAAUACCAAAUACAGGCUUCUCAGAUCGGAACAGAUUUCUGUCGUGUUUGUUCCCCCACCAUCCUGAAACGUAACGAGUGAAUGUGGGGCGUCUUAUCGUGCACAGCGUUUGUCUUCGCUUCAGUGACCGAUGUUCACACCUUUAUUAACACAGUGCCACAAACGCUACCGUUCAAAAGUUUGGGGUCACUCAGACAAUUCCAUGUUUUCCCUGAAAACUCCCACUUUUAUCCAUGUGCUAACAUAACUGUACAAGGGUUUUCUAAUCAUCAAUGAGUCUUUCAACACCAUUAGCUAACACAAUGUAGCAUUAGAACACAGGAGUGAUGGUUGCUGGAAAUGUUCCUCUGUACCUCUAUGGAGAUAUUCCAUUAAAAAUCAGCUGUUUCCAGCUACAAUAGUCAUUUACCACGUUAACCAUAUCUAGACCAAGGGUGUCAUUUUUGUUCAGCCCAGUUUGAUCUCCAGUGACCAGUAAAAUCACAGCAUAACAAACUAUAAAUAACCAUAGCUCCAGAUUUUUCCCUUUGUUUUUGUGCAAAAAAGUACAUUCUGAAAAUGUUCACAUUUAAGGAAUUGCCUUGAAUUUUCUAGAGAAAAUUAAGUUCAAUUUCAACAAAUUUAUGCCUCAGUUUAUCAUUUAUACAUUACAGCUUACAGAUCACAGACGGUCUACAAAGGAACAAAACUUUUAGUCAUCUGGAACUGAACAAUGUAUUAUUUUACUUAUGAUCAAAUCGACAAAAGUCAGACAAAAAAACAACAAAAACAAUACAAAAUAAUUCGAAAACGAGACACAAAACGACAAAAAUGAGACCAAAAAAAGGCAGAACGACAAAAAUAAAGCACAAAACGACAAAAACGAGAAACAAAACAACAAAAACAUGAGACAAGCAAAAAAAAGAAGUUGACAAAAAAAUACACAACAAAAACAAGACAAAAUAUGACAAAAAUGAGACACAAGUCCACAAAAAAAUAGACAACACAAGUGAGACAAAACGACAAAAAUGAGACAAAAUGACAAAAACGAGACACAAAACAACAAAACAAUGGACAAACAAGGCAAACGAGACAAAAAUGAAACAAAAUGACAAAAACAUGAGACAAGCAACAAAAAUCUGACAAAAAACAAUAUACAACAAAAACAAAACAAAAUAUUACAAAAGCGAUACACAAAACGACAAAAGAACAGUCUAGUAUGUUACUUAUUGAUCUAAACAACUUGUCAUGGUGUAGAAAUUAUUUAUAAAAAGUACAAAUUUACAAUUCCCAGUUAAUGUCUUCUUUGUUAUUUUGACACUUUACAAAGUCGGACCGGAUUGGACCCUCUGGUGGGCCAGUUUUGGCCCGCGGGCCGCAUGUUUGACACCCCUGCAUUUCUGAUUGAUUUAACAUGAUCUUCAUUGAGUAAAAACCGCUUUUAUUUCAAAAAUACGGCCAUUUCUAAGUGACCCCGAGCCUUUGAGCGGUAGUGUAAGUACAGGGGGGACAUCGACGGUCCCCCUAAAGCAUUUCAGUAUUUCUGUCCAGUGUUCUUGCACACUACAUUUCUUCCUUGUACGACGGAGCGCAGACGAGCGAGGGGAGGGAGAGCACAGGGUAGCGCAUGAGCAGCUGAACUGGGACGGUAUUUCUAUAAGUGUCCUUCUGCGUACGGACAGCGCUGGAUUCCCUGUAGCCUUGUCGUGGCCUCAGUGCCUCAAAUUCUUCAACGUGAGAACACUGCAAAAAGAGACCUACUUCACGCUAAUCACACAGUACUGAUCUCUCAACUAAACAAAACUGCAGUAUGUCUUCAGCACAUUUGUACAUUAUUUGGUUCAAAGAAAAAUAAAAGAAAAAUGCUUUUUAGAAUGUCUAUGUAUGAACUUGAAUUUUAAAUUAUUUGUUUUUGUUUUUUUUUUUUAAAGCACAGACCUAUUUUGAGAGAAAAAAAGUUAUGUAAAUAUUUGAUUUAUUUCAUAUCCAGGAAACAUAAAGAUUUAUGUGUGGUCACAGCAUAAAGAGCAAUGUUUUUGACUGAAGAGAGCCCAUCCACCCAGAUCUGAAUAUCUGCUUUAUGAAUGUAUUAUUCUUCCGUUCUGAACCCGGUCGAAUGUUCUGCAUGACUCUUUCAUCUCUUAAGGUGCCAUAAAUUUUAUUUAUUGUUAUUUUUUUAACAAUUACUGGCCCGUAUUUUUUCAUUUUUGGUCACACUAAAAAUAAUAAAACCCCAGAGAUUGCUGCUCUGUUUUUUGAGCACAAACAAAAACUGUGUACAGCACACACACAUCCACAAACUCACGGUUGUUUUGUUUUGUUUGUUUGCUUCGGCUCUCAUCUUUAUGUACACUGGAUAAGGCCUCGGACACAUCGGUUCACUGACACAUAAAUACGACAGCAUCGCUUUCAAAACGCCUGUUAAUGAUGACACUUGAUGGGAAAUUUGUAUUUUUUUUCUGGUGCAUUUUAUAUCAGCAUUUCUUGAUGUUGUGUGUCAGCAUAAAUUGGCCUUUUUUUGUUGCCAAACAGGACGCUUUGAGACGUUUAGUUUCUGUUCACGGUGCAUUUCAAAUAACACGCCAUCUCUCUUUUUUAAUGAUUCUUGGUGCCUUUUUGUGAAGCGGUUUAUGUACGGAACACUAUCACUGCAAGAAAUCACAGCCUGCCAACGUUCGUCAGUAAAACGUUUGUGAGUUCUCUGUCAUUUUUUCCCAUGACGUUGUGCGUUUCUGUCAUUUUGGAGGUUAUCGGUCAGAUGCAAACUUGAAGCCGAAUGGUGCACUUUGUCUAUUAAAAUGGAGUAUGUGAAAACUCGGUUACUGAGGUGGUUUAUUUGUGGCGUUUUAACACUGUGAGUGCAGCCACGCAAGCAAAUUAGGGAUGCACGAUAUCAGAUUAUUGCAGACAUUUUCCGGCUCUUUUUGGCGAUGUCAAUAGCGAUAUAUGCACAUUUUAUUUUUCAGUUAAUUGCAGUUCCUCUUGAAGUGGAAUUAACAUUUUAUUACCUACCUACCUACCACACUACCUAGAUAUCAAACAUGCCAUAUUUAUUUUCAUGCUACAUUUUCAGACUAAAUUGUGAAUUUUUAACCUGACAGGCAAUAUCUUCUGUAACUUUUUAUUGUGCAGAUGUCAUUGUGCGUCCCUAAACCACACAUAAGUCUGCUGCACUAAACCCAAGCUGCUUUUUUUGCCUCAAAAUCUGAUCAUUAAAAGUUUAGUCUAAGAUUUUUUUUAAUUAACUUGCACCAGUCUGGCCUUUACCUGUUUGUUAAUUUUUAUUGCAUCUCUGUGGAGCAAAUUUACUCAAAAGCCUUAUUGAACACUAAAAGAAAAACACAUUUCUACUGUUUUUUUUUUUUUUUUUAAAGAAAUUAAAACAUAGUCAAUCAGCAAUUUGCCACCAAUAGUGACUUUAUUUUUUCGCUUAAAUCUGAUUUCUAGACCGAUGCUGUUCAACAUUUGAACUGACCACGAAUUUCUUCUCUCAUUCUCAUUAUCAGUCUUUCACAUUGUCUUUAUUUGUGUUUCCUGCAUUUAUGUCCGUUCUAUGUUCUCGUGUCUCCCUGUUUUUGGAGAACAGCUCUGGAGAACGUCAUUAAGCCAAAGGCCACUUCUUCAGUCGUAUGAGUGCAAUGUAAAACCGACACACACAUACAGACACACACACACCGUAAUGGAAUAUGUGAAUCUAAACAGGGAUGAAAAAAUGGCAGAUGUUAACAUUAACUUUUUUAUUGUACAAAAUAUAUAUUUUGUGUUUUUGUUUUUUUUUUAUUUAAAGCUCACGUUAUAUUACUGUGAAGUUCUGCUUAUCAGUGUUAAGCCUAUUGUAAAUAAUAAAGAUAUUGAUGAAUACUG